AUGGAGAUGAGGAAAAGGAAACCCAAGGUUGUGUCGUCGAAUGAAAUUUAUGAGUACCCCAGUUUUUUUAGAAAGAGGCAAGAGAGUAAGGGGAGGACCAGCAGAAAUGGCAGAAGUGGAAGAAGUGGUAAGAACGGUGGAAUCGUAGAAGUGGGCGAAGACGCCGAUGACACACCUGAUGAGGGCCACAAGAGGGAAGACGGCAGGGUACGAGAACCCCCACCGGUUGAUGCUUCUGAUAAAUUGGCAACGGAUGGAAUGGACCAUGAAAUGGAAGACUUUCCAGGAUCUGUCCAGUAUGAAAAAAAUGGACGUAGAAAUGGACGUAGGAGACGGGGUAAAAGUGGAAAGCACUUGGGUGAUUACCACUCAGGUGUGCCUAGCUGUGCCGAGAAAAAGAGCAACAUUUACGACGACGCGGACGACGUUAAUAAUUAUGAAAGCAAAUUGAGUGAAGUGUCGCAUGAUCAUCAGGAGCAUUACAGUAAUGACAGCCUUUUCGACCUCUCCUCGCCAAAUGAAGAACAUGAGCACAACUCUCUGUACACGCCGCGCAACUAUCAGUCCAGGAAGAAAAAAAAAAAAAAAAAAACGAACCAUGCAGUAAAGGGCUUAGUUGUAAAAUCGAAAUGUGGAAAGGGGAACAGGAAGAAACUGAAAAAUGCCUUAAGUGAUCGGGCUAGAGGUUUCGUGGAUGAAGGACAUUCCUUGCAGUACGACGUGGAUUUGUUCCAUUACUUGAGUUGUCUAAGCGAGAGGAAAAAUGACGCACAUGAUUGGAAAGGAGAUCAAACUGCACACGCCCUGAUAAACCUCAUCAUAGACGAGCUUGUAAAGAAAACGUACCAGAAAAAGAAAGGAAAAAAUUCCCCAGUGCAGACAAACAAGCAGUGUAACAACAAUUCUGACGCAGCAAUAAAAGGGUACCAUGAAGAAAAUAGUAUCAACAUAAAAGAAAAAAUUUCAUUCGAAACGAUAAAAAAUUAUGAUGAAACAAAUUUAAGACACAUGUUCUUUCUAGAAAAUAUUAACAUAGACUACAACGGAAGGAAGGUGGAACUGUCCCCAUUUAAAAGUACCAUAAUUGAGGAAACUGCAAUGACGAAGGGCAGUCGUAAAGUGAGUCUAACUAAGCGCAGAAAAUCGAGGACCAAAAAGGAGUCCAAUAUGCGCAACUGCGAUAAGCAUGGGAACACAUCUCCAUGCACACAGAUGGAGAGGUUGAAAGUAUGUGUAGAGCGCAAGGUAGAUAAUUUGCAAAGUUCACAAAUCUACUUGAAUGAUCAUCAUUUUCCCCUUAACUCGGAAGGAAUUCAAUUUUUGUAUUUUCUGCUCCUGUGCGAUUGCUUAUAUGACGGUUUGUAUGAGAACAAAUCGCAGAAAGAACAGGAGGGAGGAGGGGAAGACGGGAACUCUGAGGAAUGCACCAGGGGGAACUACUCACAGUGGGAAAAUCAAAACGAUGUAGAUGGUGCAUUGGAGAGACCAGAUGGGGAAGACCUCCCCAGUGCAUACAUCAAUGUGAAGAAAAUAAUGACAGGUAUGGAAGCCGAAAUGGUGAAAAUGGGACACGAGCAAAAUAUCUUUUUAAGUCUUUGUGCCCCGAUAGUUUACUUAGACUUCAGCAGUAGUGUCAAUUUUGUGGACUACCUAAAGGAGAUACUAGAUGCGUCUCUAGCAAAUGGGUCAACCAUCUGCGAUAAUGGCAGGGUGGUUAUGCCAAAUCAUAAGAACAGUGGGCGACAGGAAGCACAGAAAGAGCAUGAUCAGGAGGACCCCUUGCUGCACGAUCUGAUGAAUGACUUGUUGAAAAUGUGUGCACAAAUGUUUGAGGGGAAUUUCCUAGCCGUUAGUACAUGCAGUUAUCUAAACAGUUACAUGUUUCUAAGCUCAGAGAAAAGGAGCCGGAAUUUUAUUUUUAUAUUUUUCGUAUCGCCAUUUUUCAGUAAGCCGCUACUUGUCGACAUAGUGGAGGUGAACCAUAUGUGCAAGAAGGUGGAGUGGGUUAAGCUUCCUUGGGGGAAUGGCCACAAGAAGGGUAGCGGAAGGGACAGUGGGGACUCCGCAGAAAAACGCACCGCAAAGGAAAGACGCGAAAGGGAUCUGCACCUACUCCUCUGCCUAGGGGGGAACGAGAUAAGCAUCUACGCCAUUCCCAAGCGCCACUUACUGCUCAAGUUAUACGACUCGGCAAAAAAUGAACCCACCUGUGCAGAACCAACAGAAUACAUAAAGCAAAAAAUUGCAGACACGAAAUUGGAAAAGGUUUUCUCAUACCACGAUGAAGAAGGGCUAAGCGAUUUUUCCUACUCCAUUUGUGUAAAUGACAAUCAGAGGUUUUUAAAAAUUGCCUUAACAUUUAAUAGCACCAGAAUAAAAGUGUUGAGUGUCUAUUUGAGUGAGAUAAGUAGAUAUGCAAAGAUCACUCGCUUUAUUGAAAGGGAGGAUACUACGAAUGCUUGCGUGCAUACUAGUACGGAUUAUUUGCUUAGCCAUUUUAAGAACCCCCUGGGGGAUGGUACCGGUUUGGGGAAGGGGAGUAACCAUAAGGGGGAAAGAGCACCAGGGGAAGAAGUACCCUUAUCACCAGAACCUAUACACACAAACGAAUUUCCCCAACCAGGGCAAGAUACACAUUGCGUAGCUUUUCAUGAAGAUAUCCUGCACCUUCAACAAGGCAUCAUAUCCGUGUGCUCAUUUUACCCGUGCCUGAAUUCCUACCUCCUCGCUCUUAGCAGCAAGGAAGGAGAAAUGAUAAUAAUAGAUAUAAGGAACAACAACGAACUUUAUUUUUGCAAACGGAAAACAGAAAGUGUUACUCACAUGAGGUGGUAUGAAAAUAGCUGCUUGUCUUUUGGGCAGGAAAAAGGAUGCAUCAUUCAUCUGUUCGAGAAUAAAUAUUUUUUAAAUAUUGAUAAGGAUUGGAUCAGCCAAGUUGAUAUCAUAUGCAUACAUAGCUCGCUCCUCAACGACAUGCAUGUGUUUCUGUUUGAUGAUGGGACUGUGGUUAGGGGUAAGUUGAAGGGGAAUUUGUCUAAGGCAAACAUUAGUGAAUUGUUUGUAUGGAAGACGCCAAAUUUCGAGCUAGAUCCCGAGGUGCUUCUAAAUAUUAGCGAAGAGAAGGGAGAUGAAACAGAGUCCGUGUCGCGUAUACUGUUGUAUGAGUACCUGCAGGGGUUACAGAGCAUUUUUAGAAACGGGGUCAAGAUAGGGAAGUCUAAGGCCGUUGAGGCGAAUGCGCGCGAGAAGACGAUUGCGCUGACGCCGAAGUGCGUGUCCAUUGCGAACCUGGGCCAAAAGUAUCUAAUCGCAUACGGAAAUGGAAGCGGUUUGAUUCAUGUGUGUUCGAGGGAAAAGGAACUGGAUGCGAAAAGCGUAGGGUGA